CAGUUGACCAAGCUCCACCAGUUGGCUAUGCAGCAAACCCCUUUUACUCCCCUUGGACAGACCACCCCCGCUUUCCCUGGAGAAAAGCUGCCCUUACAUUCCUCCGAAGAAGCUCAAAAUCUGAUGGGCCAAUCAUCAGGUUUGGAUGCCAGUCCCCCGGCCAGUACUCAUGAACUCACCAUUCCCAAUGAUCUAAUAGGCUGCAUAAUCGGACGCCAAGGGACCAAAAUCAAUGAAAUUCGGCAGAUGUCGGGAGCGCAGAUCAAAAUCGCCAACGCCACGGAAGGGUCAUCGGAGCGCCAAAUUACCAUCACAGGAACCCCUGCAAACAUCAGCCUCGCUCAGUACCUCAUCAACGCCAGGCUGACGUCUGAGGUCACUGGAAUGGGCGCACUCUAA